GAGUCCCACUGCCGCCUCUGCUCCAUAUCCACCACCAACAGAUCCGGCUUCAUCGAUCCAAAUACCGGCGAUGGAGAUCCGGCCACAACUACUGACCGCCAUGACCAAAGCCGUCGCCGAGUUUGGGAGAGCGAGAGAGAAGAGGGAAGAGAGGAGUCCCGCCGCCGCCUCUGCUCCAUAUCCGCCACCGACAGAUCCUUCAUCGGAGUGAACUGCUUAGAAAUCCUAGAAGUUAAGAUGAUGCAAGAUCUAAGGAACGCCCCUCCAGGUUUCAGACCCUGCAAAUCCGCUCCUUGUUCCCCAGCGAAGCCUAUUGGGAUCCCCAGAAUUCACUCAGAGUCUUUUCAUAUGACACAUAAGGUCCCAGUUGGAGAUACUCCCUACGUGAAGGCCAAAAACGUCCAGUUGAUGGACAAGGACCCAGAAAUGGCGAUUCCUCUAUUUUGGGCUGCAAUUAAUGCUGGAGAUAGAGUUGAUAGUGCUCUUAAAGACGUGGCAAUUGUGAUGAAACAACAGAAUAGGGCGGAGGAAGCCAUUGAAGCUAUUAAGUCACUAAGAAGUCGGUGUUCAGACCAAGCACAAGAGUCUCUGGAUAAUAUUCUUCUGGAUCUUUACAAGGUUCCUUUGUUUUCUUUUCUUUUCUGAUUUCAUCUCUUAUGUCGCAUCGAUUCAAAUACCGGCGAUGGAGAUCCGGCGGAGAAGAUAAUCGAAGGUUGCGUUUUUUCUCCUUUUUUUCCUUCAAUCUGUUCGAAAUCUGCAGUCUGUGGUGGUCUUGGUUGGAAAUCCGGCAAAUUAUGGCUGAAAUCUGUGGUUCUCUGUAAUUGAAAGCUUCACUGUAAUGUAAAAAUAUGAGUUUUUUCAAUAGCAAGGGUAUAAUGGUCAUUUUAA